UGAAGUGAGAUAGAAGAAUACAAAGUGAUGAAUUACUACCAUUGCAUGACUGUUGUGCUCUGUCUCUCAAUAAUACGCAGCUGCGAUGCUGGAGAAGGCGGUUUUGCAGAAUGCAUGUCUGUUAAGAAUUCAUUAUCGCGUCUUCACUCCCCUUCCUCUUCUUCAUACUCAUCACUACUUCAAUCAGCUCAACAGAAUCCGAGAUGGUUAAACUCCACUUCUGCACCCAGGCCUCGGUUCAUAGUUACACCAACCACUUUGGCCGAGAUUCAAGCGGCUGUUGUUUGCAGCAGAAAGCAUGGGAUGCAAGUCAGGGUGAAAAGUGGGGGUCAUGACUAUGAAGGCCUGUCAUAUCUCUGCUAUCAUUCCCCAUUCAUAGUCAUUGAUCUUGACGAUUUCCGGUCAGUUAGCGUGGAUUUGGAAGGUGAGACAGCCUGGGUUCAGAGUGGCGCCACACUCGGGGAGCUCUACUAUACCAUUGCUAAGGAAAGUGGUGGCAGUCAUGGGUUUUCAGCAGGGUUGUAUCCCAGUGUGGGUGUUGGUGGGCACUUUAGUGGAGGUGGGAUUGGCACUAUGAUGAGGAAACAUGGGCUAGCAGCUGACAAUGUGGUUGAUGCUCGGUUGGUGGAUGUGAAUGGCAGGAUUCUUGACAGAAAAACAAUGGGAGAGGAUCUUUUCUGGGCUAUUAGAGGUGGUGGAGGGGCUAGCUUUGGGGUGAUUGCGGCCUGGAAAGUUAGGCUGGUUAGGGUUCCGCCCCACGUGACUGUUUUUUCCAUUACCUUGAGUCCAGAACAAGGAAUAAAACUCGUCCACAGAUGGCAAUUCAUUGCACCUAAGCUGCCCAAAGAUCUGUUCAUAAGAAUCCUCAUUCAGAAACUAGAUGGUGAGAGCCCAACACAAGUGGUAUUUGAGUCAUUCUUCCUAGGAAGAAAAAAGGAGCUUAUCCCCUUGAUGAACCAGAGAUUUCCUGAGUUAAAGCUGAGAGCAGAAGAUUGUACUGAACUGAGUUGGAUAGAAUCUGUGAUGUUCUUUACAGGGUAUAGAAAAGGAGAACCAUUGGAAGUACUGUUGGAUAGAAUAACACUGUAUAAGAUAAGUUUCAAGGGAAAAUCAGAUUUUGUUGAGAAGCCUAUGCCAGAGAUAGCAUUUAAGGGGAUUUUGGACAAGUUUUUGGACCGAAAGUUGGUUUUCGUGAUAAUGGAUCCUUUUGGAGGGAAAAUGGAAGAAAUUUCUGAGGAUGAAAUUGCUUUUCCCCAUAGAAAAGGAAACCUAUACAACAUACAAUACCUGGUGAAAUGGGGAGAAAACAGAGAACGAGCAGCUUCCAUACAGUGGAUCCGAACGCUCCACGACUUCAUGAGGCCCUAUGUAUCAUCUUCUCCAAGAGCUGCGUAUGUCAAUUACAGGGACCUUGACCUGGGAAUCAACCAACACCAAAAUACAAGCUAUUCACAUGCUGCAAUUUGGGGUAUAAAAUACUUCAAAGGUAACUUCAAAAGAUUAGCAAAGGUUAAGGGUCAGGUUGAUCCGGGAAACUAUUUCAGAAAUGAACAAAGCAUCCCUCCCCAUGGCUUUUAAAUCCACGUCUCAAAUGUAUG